AUGGUACACGGUCACGGCGAGGGCGUGACGCGCGACUUUUGCACAAGUACCAGUCGGAACGACCAACCGCGUGGCGCGAGGGGCUACGGGUGGCUGAAAAUACUUGACGAAUGUUUUAGCGAGGUGCUAACGCUGUCGUACACGAUUGACAGACGGAACGCGAGCACUAUGGUGAGCAAAACGGCUCGGACGGGCACGGAAUCACAAACGGAUAUUGACGGCGACGGCGCACCGGUUCGCACAUAUAUUGGACACACAAAACGACGAUAUUUGCCAAGACGGCUGAGGACCGGCGGCUUUGCGACUGAAGGCACUGCGUCGGACUGCAUGCAGCGGGGAAGAGACCGCCGGCGACACACCGAUAACGCUUCUCUCUCCGGAGAUAUCGGAACGGUCGCGCGGUGUCUACGGUAA